GUCGCUUGACGUACCAAGAUGCGCGCGCAUCGCACACUAGUGCAUUUGUGUGUGUUUGCGUUUUCCGUAGCCGCAACGAACCGAUGUGCUGCAAAAACGCACUGACGGACCAAACGAGAGUUGAAAUGAAAUCCUGAAAGUAGCCGUGUCUGUCUAGGGAACAUGAACGGUUCUCUCGUAGGACCGAAGAAAACCGCAAUAUGUCGCUACUUCGCUACCGGGGGAACUUGUUUCUACGGUUCCGAGUGUCAAUUCCUGCACGGACCGUCUACCACUCCUUGCUUGAACACUGACCUGGGGAUACGUGAUUCACAGCUGUCACUCAUGGUGCGGACACCCGAAGGUACCACAAGUCCCGCCUUGGACCCUGUUUUCCAAGCUUUUUCACCGCCAUCGAACCUCCCAGCUGAGUCGAAACUCAAAACAUACAUGAAUGUAUCCGCACGCACAAUUUCACCGUCCUCACUGGACAAAUCGAAAAUGUUUUCAUCUUCAAACAGCAUCUCACCCAACGAAAUUACAAGUGCACUUUCAUCAUUGGCUUUGGACUCUGCGAGAAAGACUCCGAACCCUGGUGCUGCUGAGUUUGUACCAAUGAACAGCCUGUUGGGGCCCAGUCAGUUAACACACAGCACCAGCACACCCUCAUUCUCACAGUUUUCUGGAGGCUUAAACUUGACCCCUGGCACCAGCCCAUAUAGCCGAUUAGCACCUGUUUCAGAAGCUGUACUAUCUUCCACAUUUCGAGAAAGUUUGAGUGGGAACAUUCCGGCCUUUGAUACAGACACUCCAUCUGGCCUCUCUUUGGGUAAAAUGGAAAGUCCUGGCUUGUCUCCUGAUAGCUCUCCUCUUGUGAGCCGCCGCAGCCAGUCACCAAUGUCAGUUGGAGGCUACUUGAACGCACAGCGAGAAUCUUUUCUUCCAACUACAGUUUACCAGGAAUUCCUCGGUGGCACCACUUACUUUUACCAGCACGAAGAAGCCGCAAACACGACAGAGGAAGGUCAGGCUGUUCUUCUUCCGGAGUACCAAAUGUAUCCUGGCAACCCGACGCACAUAGAGUUCAUGAAGCCCAAAGCCAACGCACCCUCCUUUUUUCUCCCAGAUGAGCUGAGAAUGGACAUCUUGCAUCGUCAGAGUUUAAGCCUUGCUCAAAGAAACCCAGAAGUGAACACUGACCUGCCAGCAGAAGUGGACAACUAUCAUAACAUUUGCCCGCUGGAACAAAGUUCCUCGAACGGGCCACCCAAGUCCAGCACUUUUGGAUAUGUUACAUCUGUCUACAAGGCAACAAACAUCAAGAAUGGCUGCUGCUACUGCUUGAGAAGGGUGCAUGGCUUCCGUCUUAGCAAUACCAAGUGCAUGGCAGUGGUUGACCUUUGGAAAAAGCUGCAGCACUCCAACCUUGUGCACCUCCGGGAAGUGUUCACCACUAAGGCGUUCGGAGACCACUCAAUGGUGUUUGUCUAUGACUACCACGCUGGUGCGGAAACCCUGAUGAACCAGUACUUCAGCCAGCCUUCUGUGCCAACGCUGAAUGGUUUCUGCUCGCCCAUCUUUCCGCAGCCUUCCAAUGGGCUCACAAGGCCUUUUUCACAUGGAAAGCCUGCUCUGGGCUCCUUGCGCCAGCAUGCCGGACUGCUGCCUGAGAGCCUUAUUUGGGCUUUUGUGGUCCAGCUAAGCUCGGUGCUGCGUACCAUUCACGCAGCUGGCCUUGCGUGCCGUUCCUUUGAGCCUUCUAAAAUUCUGGUCAUGGGCAAGUCACGUCUGCGCCUAAACUGCUGUGGCAUCAUGGAUGUGCUCACUUUUGACUCAGCUGUGCCCAGCGCAAAGGCACUUGUGCCGCACUAUCAGCAAGAAGACUUGGUUUCCUUGGGGAAGUUGGUACUUGCUCUGGCCUGCAACACCAUGGCUGCGAUUCAGCGCGAAAACUUGCAGCAGUCAAUGGAUCUGGUGUCCCGCAACUACUCAACUGACCUCAGGAACCUGAUCUUGUACCUGCUGUCUUCGCCACCUCGUACGCACAGUAUUAACGACAUAAUGCCAAUGAUUGGAGCCCGCUUCUACACACAGCUGGACGCGGCACAGAUGCGGAGUGAUGUCAUCGAAAACGAACUUGCAAAGGAAGUGGAAAAUGGAAGGCUCUUCAGGCUGCUUGUGAAACUUGGCACAGUCAGUGAAAGACCAGAGUUUCAUCUCGACACAUCGUGGUCCGAGACUGGGGAUCGUUACAUGCUUAAGUUGUUCAGAGAUUACCUCUUCCAUCAAGUCACAAAGGAUAACAGGCCUUGGAUAGACAUGGCUCAUGUAGUGCAGGCAUUGAAUAAGCUGGAUGCGGGUGUGCCAGAGAAAAUCUGCCUCAUGUCGCGGGAUGAGCAAAACAUCCUUGUUGUGAGCUACGCUGAGCUGAAGCAGUGCCUCGAGUCUUCGUUCAGCGAGCUGCUGUCGGCCACUUCCUCAGUGCCGCCUACAUCGUCUCUUCCCCCACCUUCGGCUAAUCAGCAUGCCCGGUGACUACUCCAAAUGCUGUUCUUGUUUACUCUGGCUGCCGCUAUGGCAUGCCCGGGCACUUUGUUUCGUUUUCGUUGUGCUGCCAGUGAAGAGAUGCCUUCGGGCAGGAGCCCGCAUGGGAUGACAGUCCUGCUAUGUUGCCAAGUGAGUCUUGCUAGUGCCACUCCUUUCUGUGCUCCUUUCUGUGCAUAUGCGGCAAUUUUCUUUUACACGUGUUGGCGGAGUGCUUAAUUGAUUUUUUUUUUUUUUGUGCGGUUGUUCUUGUAUUUUUUCUUCCUUAAGGAAUUCUCUUAUCAUUGCACGCCUUCUUUUCUGAUGAAUGGAUAGUUAUGACAACUGGUGAAGGACUGCUUUUUUUUUCCCUCACUAUUUCUUUCUUUUUUUUUAGACAAUAGCACAAGGUGUAUGGCAUUGGCAGUUGAUCGGUGGUCUUGUUUCGUUUUUGACGCUUUGGCACUUUCGAGCGCUGACGCACUUGCCACCAUCUGUUUUGCUCUAACUGGAUUAUUUUUUAUUCUGACCUUUUUUAAGAAAUGUAGUCAGAGAGUCUAUUUAUCACACUUCUGUGCAGCCUGUUGCCUUCUUGUCUUGAGCUUUGUAAGUGAUAUUUCUGGUCCCCCUCCCCACAUGCGUCUCUUUUUUUGGUUUAUCCUUCGUGGCACAAUUUGUCUUGUACUUAAUUGUCGCUGUUACUGCGCACAACUUUUUGCCACAAUGUGGACAUUAGUCAGUGUGUGACAAUGACUGUAGUGCAGGAAGCUGAGUAGCACAGGUUUGGUUUCUCGUUCUCUUAUUAUCAAGCCACUGCUAUAGUACUACAAUAAUAAACUUAAAUGGGGUGCAGGGGGAGCGGGAAAAAUAAAAGUUCUUUGCUUGUGUAAGUGUAUUCAGUUCUUUCUUCUAAGCUUAAACUUGGAACUGGAUGCAGGAGCUUGUUAAACAUAUUUGUUGGUCUCAAGGCAGCUAAGCUAAUGGAAGUUCAUGCUUUCAUGCUGUAAUAUUGUCUAAAAACGUUAGCACAAUUCCACUGGAGUGUGGAAUGCAUGCUUUUCUGUCGCACACUGUAGCUGUCUGACGUGUCUCUAUUAGUCUCCUCAUUUCUGUGUGCUUGUAAUGGCCUACCAGCAUGACCUUGCUACUACAGCAAUAAUGGAAUUGCUGUAUGCUCGGGCCAUUUUGCAGUGUUCAUUACUAAUCAGUGUUGUUUAAGGAAGCCUGUUAGAACUGUUCCCAUACUGUCCUUGUCCUCCAAGCAUUCUCGAUUGAUCACUUAGUCACCUUAAUUAUGUGUGAAUUUUGUGGAAGUAGAUGUAUGUAGAAAAAGAAGGAACUCAUCCCGUGAGUGCAAUUCUAUAUUUUUUUUAACAUAUGGAGCUCGAGUGAGUAAUUUCAUCUUUACAUUGGGCCACGCGGAGAGUAGAAUUAUCAACGUAAAGUGAUUGAUGUAGAAUACGUCCCCUCCACUGUAUUGUAACUCCUUGUGACAAGACACAGUAACUGUAAAACUUCACUGCUGAAAGCGCAAGGCAGAGCGACGAGUCUUUCCACCAUGGCAAUCGGUGUUGUAACACAAUGCACAGGGUUAUAUAUCCUACACGUGUGUGUGAAUUUUGACUGCCCUCCAACCACAAAGCUCGAGCUGGAACAUUCAGCAACAGCAGUUCAUCUGUUAUGACAGUGGAACGUUGGCUCUGUUGAAAUCGAUUUAUUUUAAGCAAACAAGGCAUUUAUUUUUUUAAAUGUGCUACUGAAGAAGAAAGGGUACCUGAGGCCCUGCGAAUACAAAGCUGGACAAAAAAAGUGCCGAGGCAUGUUUUACCCUUUGUUUUGUUGAUAUCUUGUCUCGUGAAAACUGCCCUUCUUUUUUUUUUUUUUUCAACAAAUAUGAGGAAAUUGGCUUUUCUGAGCGGCCCACUUACUUGUGGGGAGUACAAGGACAUUUUCGUAACAUUGCUCACGUAAUCUAAUAGUAAGUUUCAUCGUCAGGGUUAACUGCAAUGGCAAGAAUUUAUUCUGUGGACACUUUUUAUUGGUUAAAUCUUGUAUGGCAACUAAAUUAAAUUUUGGUGAAUUGAGGUAAGACCGAACACUGCUCACAAAACAUUGUAAAUUCUGCAGAUUUGUCAGCAUGUCUAAAUAGGAUGAAACAAUGCUGCGUACGUAUAUGUGACUGCAGUUUUGUUACGAGCAGGUGCCGCAGAGCUUUUUCUGUGCACGCUGCUCAAUGAAUCUGCACUGCACACAGCUAUGACUCUCUUCCUGAAAGCUCUGGAAAUUGCAGUGACAUUCAAUACUUCAUAAUGAGAAUUUGCUCUGUCUGUCAGUGCUCCUGAUUUCUUGUCGAGUGGUUGUAGCAAGAUUUUUGCUGCAGCUACUCAUCACGCAAUAUCACUAGCCCAAAUGCAAAACAUUUUCUUGCUUUCAUAGUUGUUUGUUUUCUUAGGGUGGGUUAAAAAGGAAAUAAGUAAGAUGCAUAUCGUGUUGCCACUUGUGGAGGCUGUCACGAGCUGUUAUGGACCCACUGUUACGAAAUCUUCUCUGUACUCGGGAUCAGUCUGAUGUCUGCAGAGAGUCAGCCUGCAUUUUAGGUCUGAAAAACUGAGAAAACUUCAUUUUUCUAUAGCAGCAAGUUUUCACAAUUCUUUGGUAAUACUUAAUUUUUUUUUUCUUUCAUAACUCCUUCCAUGUUCACAUGACUUUUUCAUGCCACUGCUUAGUGCCGUUGUUGUGGCAAGUGUGUUCUUGUGAUCAUGGUUGGUAUUGCCCCUCUUACUAGCCAGGUGCUUUUGUUGCUAACUUUGUGGCUUCCAAUGGCCCCGUCGGAAUGUCUUGGUACCUUAUAGUUUGAGUAUUUGCCUGUAAAUACAACUGUACAUACAUAUGACACGCACACACAUACUUUUUGUAUGCCUCUAUAUGCAUAUAUAUAUAAAUAAAUAUAUAUAUAUUAUGUAUACUUAUGGAGCCAAACUCAGAUUGUGGUACUCACAUUAUUGGAAUCACUGUCAUAAUCUCAUUUGUAAUGUGUGCAUUUACUUGAAAAGGGGAUCAGUAUGGUUGUGCAGUGCUCGCUGGCAUCAUGUACAUAACUCACGAAUGUAUAUGUACAUAAAGGUAGUCAUGACAUGCAUACAUGGGCAAAUGAGUGCACUGAAUGUUGUAAUCGAUUGCAAAGCACUAUUGGCGGCAGUGAGCUUCUUAAUGCUACAGGUAAAAAACUCUACAGAUUGCUUUCUUAAAUGUGGCCUUUUUUGUUACUUCACAUUGCAUUGAGAAUGUGCUGCAGUCAUUGAAGUCCUGCUUCUUCCUGUUUCUUGCAGUGGCCUAUUUAUUGUCAGAUUCACUAGUGUUCAAAGUUCCCUUGAAAAAGUGGAAGUUGAUAAGCAUUGAUAAGCGAGAAUAUUUAAAGGGAUGCUAAAGUAUAGCAAUGGAUCCAUCUUGUGAAACAAUGGAUCAAUCUUGAGUGAUAAAUUAAUGUUUGAAAACUGUUAUCAUUAAUGUCACUGUAUAGAGAAUCGGGGUUGGUUUUUAAUCUUGUGCUCGUAUUUUCGCACAUGAACAUCAGUGUGUCGUCGCAGAUUUCAAUUCAUUUGUUUUUCUUCCGUAUUUCAACCAGAUUGGCUACAUAAAAUUCCUGAAACUUAAUGCAUUAAGCUGUCUGUGUCAUCACAGAGAGCUGGGGCAAGAACGUCAAGGUGGUACCUUCACCUUUAUUUUCUUUUUUCCACGUUGUUUGCUCACCCAGGUCUUAAUGCCGCAAGAGUUAUGAUAUUGUGAGCAGGUAAUUUACUAAUAUGAGAAAAAUCAUUUUUCACAACAGUGUCCCUUUAGGCACAGUCAUUGGUCACACAGCCUGUGUAGCUUUUUUUUUUUCUUGCUGUGAUCUGCGUAUACAUUGUGCAAUCCAGUGUAAGCAGUCUUAAAAGGAAGCUUCACUUUUUGUGCCAUGGACUGUAUGCAUGAAUACCUGUUUCAGUGGCACAUAACAUUGGCUGCAUGAUAUAGAUGCAGGGGCAGACUUGUUUUGCCAUGCUGGCUAUGGUGUGUGCUUUCAUUCACACUACUUUGGAGCCAGUUAUUCUCGCAUGCUGUGCUUGAGCGGUUGCAGCGGAACAUGUUGAACAUGUUGGAAAGCUGCUUUUCCCCAUUCUCAUGUGCUCCCUGGCAUAAUUUAUGCGUUAGCAUAGCUUUAGCAGAGAGCGGCCUUUGUGACACAUUCCAAUUAAGAUCCCCCGCCUGUUAUAUGUUGGGAAUACUGUUUGUAAUGUGUAAGGAUGCCGAUGUGUGAAUCAUAAUCAAGCACUUCACUUUAAACUAGUUGAGGACAGAUCUGUUGCUGCCUUGACGGGCCAAAUUCUUUAGUUUAUCUAUCAAACCACUGAAGCCCUGCACGCUUCAUUACUGAAAGAGAAACCAAAUGAAACAAAACUUUUAAGAGUACAAAUAUGGUGUGUAAUUUUGAGCUGGAUGAUGGGUUACGUUGGAUCAAUUAUUAAAAGAACAGACAGGUGUGCGUGAUUCCAUGCCAGUCAAUAAAGAUGCAGGAGUCCUUGUGGCAUGUGUGCGCACCAAAGCCAUUUUGGAAAGUUGUUCUGUUCAAGGGUUGGCUGUUUUCAAGAAAGUGCUUGCCAUUUGGGAUGCAAGUGAGGCAUCAAUUGUUUCUUCAGCUUUCAAAAUACAGCACAGUGGCAAAGCAACGCAUGCAAAUGUGGUCAUAAAUGAUGGGUAUGAGGGAACUGUUAGUUCUGUUUUAGGUGUGUGUCUUUCUACAAAUGUAAAUAAGUGGCAAUUUUUUGUACAGUUCUUGUAAGAGCUAUUUUUAUUGGAAAAUAAAGGUUAAAAACCCUUA